UAAUUUCUAAUACCGCCGGAAGUAUACAUCGCGACAGACGCAUUCCAUCAAAAAUAUUUGUUUAUUUCACUUAGUUGCUGACUUGCUGAGUACAACAUGUUUAAAGCAAAGAUUUUAGUGCUAGGACCAUGUGAGAGUGGCAAAACAGCUUUAUCAAAUUUCCUAGCAGAUGCAACAGACACAUCUAGUGGAGAUUAUCAUCCAACACAAGGUGUUAGAAUUUUGGAGUUUGAAAAUCACAACCCAAGUGCCGGACAUGGUAGACAGUCUGCUGUUGAGGUAGAGUUAUGGGACUGUAGUGGUGAUAAAAAGUUUGAGGCAUGUUGGCCGGCAAUGGCUAGAGACACCACUGGAAUCAUAUUUGUUUACAAUCCUGACCAACCUAACCAUGAUAAAGAUCUAGAAAACUGGUAUGCAUAUUUUAUAGAUGACCAGGGCAUAAAGGAAACAUCUUGCUGUGUUUUUGCCCACCAUAAACCUAGUGCCCCUGACAGAGAGAGAGCACAAUUAUCAACAUGUUUUAGCAACAUUCCCGUGGUACAUACAAACAUUGAAGAAGAUAGUGAGGCUGUUAGAAAUCAGUUUAGUCAAUUCCUGGCCAAGUUGACAGUUGCAAUGUCAGACAAAAGAGAGCAAGAGGAACUUAGUAUCAUGAACCAUCGAUAAAAACUUGUUAAACAAUUCUGUGAUAAUUAUUGUGUCUUUGUAAACUAUUUAUUUUCUUGUGAAAAAUUUUGAUCUGUAGUUCUAAUUAAUUCAGAUUUACCGUAGAUUACUUUGAGUAUUGUUGAGUAAACGUUUGUUCUAGUGGUGUAUUCAAAACUGAUUUUUUUUAAAAAUGGAACCUGGACUAUUAUCAGGUUACUAUGCCAAUGCGGCAUAGAUCAAUUUACCUGUACGAAAAUGCCUACCAUGACUACACCCUGAUUUGACAUGGGAUCAGAAAUUUAUUCCCAGCCAGGUUUUUUAAGCUUUUCAGUUGACUAUAGAGAAGACAGAAAUCUAUUUUUAGAUUUUUUAGUAUACAAUAAAGAGUGUUUUCAGGGUGGAUUAAAUGAAAUAUUUAAAUGAGCCAGAAAAAAUACCACCCUGAAAUGGAAAUCCAGGGCAGAAUUUUCACUCACACAGAUUUCUAAAAAUAGAUUUACUUCUAGUUAAAUUAAGAGUAAUUUCAGGGUGGAAUUAAUUUGAAAUAUUUAAAUGAGCCAUAAUUCACCCUGAUUUCUGUUUAAAAAGUCAGGCCAGACUUUUUUCCUCAUGUUAUUAUCCUGCCCCAAAAGUUUGCAAAUCCCACCCUGAAAUUAAAAUAAAAAUCCACCCAGAUUCCUGUUCUUUUUGAUUUGACAAAAUGAUAAUUGAGAUUUUUUUUUCCACUUGUCUGUAUUUGAUUUUCAUACAAUUAAAUACAUUUCAAAAGUCAUUCUUGUUUGAUAUUUCCACUAGGUAGCUGCACACUGUAUUACAUAAUUCCACACUAUAGUAUCUGGACUACACAAUCUGUAAACAUAUGAAAGCAGUGUAGGAAUAUGCUAUAGACAAC